ACUAAGUAGCCCUUCAUUUGAUCCGGUUCAUUCCGGUCCGACAUGUCUUCGUGGUGAGUUGUAUCAUGUCCUCCCGGUUCGUCUAACAUACGGUAGAAAGUAGAAAUUCACUGAGACUGAAUCAUCUGAACAAGUUUUUUCUCUUCCAACUGAAUUCGACACGCUUCGCCUUACUAUCACCGUCGAUGCUCUGCCAUGAGCUAACUUCAAUAUCUGGACCUUGCCCUCAAUAGAAGAUUCGCCCCAAACCCAGGUCUCUCUAUUCUGAUUCUAGGGUUUACGUCUCAAUUUUCUGGGUUCAAGUAUUCAUCUCAGUUUGUUCGUCUCUAUCUCCUUUUUUUUUUUCUAUGAUUUGGCGAAAUCCCCGGUCGGCUCUACCUCUUUUUCUAAUAAUUUCUUAAAGAAUCUCUGGGUUUUUCUCUAGCAAAGCUGAAGACAGUUCUUUCACAGAAAAAUCCUUAACCCCUAUACUCUCUCUAUUGCGGCCGCUCCAGUUGGGUCCUCCGGUCAACCCACUUCGCCGGUUCUCUGCCCUUCAUCUCAGUCAGGAUGGUCCCUGAAUUGGACCUUAAACCAAAGUUAGAAGCUUCAAUGAAAGUUUCGUUUCACAAGGACAACAUUACAACCAUCCAGCAAGACCCUGAUGAUAGUUUCUUGCCUUGUUUGAGUAAUUAUAAGGACGACAUAUUUGACAUGGAAGAAUCACCAGCUCAACAAACCACAGUACUAAAUGGAAGUGAUAAUGAGGAGCUGGACAUUAUUGGUGAUACAUGUUCUUGUGAUAAUGGGCUGGUUGAAUCCGAUUGUGCUGAUGUAAUUGAAAGUUCAAGUUCAUUUGGUGAUUCAGUGUCCGAGAAAGAGAAUUGUCCCAAGCUAGAUGGUGAUGAAGUUCAAUCAAGGUUGUGUGGUGACCCUGCUUCGAUAUCGGUAUACGAUGAAUAUUAUGAUGCAUUUCAAUUUAGGAAGAAGAAGAUGACGCCUCAUUGGAGAAUGUAUAUACGCCCUAUAAUGUGGCGUUGUAAAUGGAUGGAAUUGAAAAUUAAAGAACUUCAAUCGCAAGCUAUGAAAUAUGAUAGAGAACUUGCAAAAUAUGAUGACAGAAAGCAGCGUGAAUUUGAAACUUUCACUUCAGAAGGUUUUGGUUCAAAGUCACUUCCAUUUCCAAGUCAAAUCCAAAGAAACAAAGUUAUGAAGAGGAAGAAAAGAAAGAGAGUUGAGCAGACUAUUGAUUUAGUGCCGUACAUGUCGCAGCAUAACUUGUUUUCUUAUUACGAAAGUAAGAUGUCUGUUCCUGUCAGUGCUCCCAUGGAAGAUAUCUCUGGUGCCGUAGGUAAGGCUAGUUAUCACAAUGAUGAGUUUGGGACAACCUCAUCUUUUGAGUUUCAAGAUGGCGAUGAUCUCCAUGAGGCUAUUCUUUUGGAUAUUGAAAAGCUACAUUUACGAGUCCAAAAAUUGAUUCCCAGAGUGAAGAAGAUGGUUUCUGAAAACUCGGAAAAGAUUUCUUAUAUAAACAAGUUGAACAUAGUUGCACCUUGUAAUCGCCUGGUUAGCUCAGCUCAAAAUGCUGUUCCUCCUGAAAAUGGAAAUGGAUUACGAUUGGGAUCUCUACAUACCUCUGAGCGAAAUAUGGGAGAUCUACUUAUGCUUGAGAGUGCAGUUUCAAGUCAUGGGGAGGGGACACCUCAUUCUGAAAUGACUGAAAGCACAAAUCACUUUCAAAUUGGCGGCUUAUAUGGCAGUACUGAGGAUGAAGUGCUGAUAGAUAAUGAGCAAGCCAAGGAAGAGUUACAUGAUUUUAAGAAGCUUAGAGAUCAGCUGGCAGAGAAGCCUGAGGGAUCAAUAGGAGAGCAGAAAACAAUUCCUACCCUUCAGGUUUCAGAAGCUGACUUACUCUUAAAAGCGGGUGUUCGGAAUGUGAAAUCUAAUGGGAAGAAAAGAUACCGUGGGAAGCGAAAGGCUAAGGCUGGUUCGAGAAGAUGAAGCUGGUCCUAAGGUUAGCUUCGUAAAAGUGCUCGUUUUGGUUUGGAAAGUUUUAUCUGAGUUAAAUAUGGGUCUCUAAAAAUGUUAUAUUGUAUAUGCUAUUUCCCCUCUACUGUAAAUCGUGUUACUCUCUACCAUAAUAAUGUAAUUAAGGUUUUCUGUCUGCGUUAUUAACUAAAAAUAUACUUACAUAUCUUAUUUCUGAAUU